UACCCGAGAAAUUCCGAAUCACAUGAAAUAUAUGUCAAUAUCUUCAUAUGAUAAACAUGGCAGAAGAUGAAUGAGGCAGCAGCAGCAAGCGACUCCUUAAAGAGUGUUUGGUCAUGCCCGGUGACGUAUCAGUGCUGGAAGUGGUAACGGUGCUCGGAAGAGCGGUGUGCGCAGGCGCGGCACUGACAGCCGCACUCUACCUGAUCCGCAGAAUAAUGGCCUGGAAAUCCGGAGGAGCGAGUCAUGCCGAGCUCGUCAACAACCUCCGCAAGAAUGGCAUCAUUAAAUCCGAUCGUGUCUAUGAGGUUAUGUUGGCAACAGACCGUGCCCAUUUCUCCCGAUGUAAUCCAUACAUGGAUUCGCCACAAUCUAUAGGUUACCAAGCAACAAUAAGCGCACCUCAUAUGCAUGCAUACGCUCUGGAGCUUCUUCACGAUCACCUGUAUGAGGGAGCGAAAGCUCUGGAUGUGGGCUCAGGCUCUGGAAUCUUGUCUGUCUGCUUCGCCAGGAUGGUUGGUCCAAAAGGGAAGGUGAUCGGCAUUGAUCAUAUUAAAGAGCUGGUGGACGACUCUGUAAAUAAUGUAAAAAAAGAUGACCCCAGUUUGAUCUCUUCUGGGAGGCUCAAACUUAUGGUUGGAGAUGGGAGAAUGGGUCAUACAGAGGAAGCGCCUUAUGACGCCAUACAUGUUGGAGCUGCCGCUCCUAAUGUGCCACAAGCCUUGUUGGACCAACUGAAACCGGGCGGUCGUCUGAUUCUGCCGGUCGGGCCGGCGGGUGGAAACCAGAUGUUGGAGCAGUAUGACAAACUGGAGGAUGGCAGUACUAAAAUGAAGCCGCUGAUGGGCGUGAUUUACGUGCCUUUAACAGACAAAGACAAGCAGUGGUCAAGGUGGAAGUGAAUUCCUGUCCUCUGUCCCUCUUUCUUCUAGGGCACAGGGAUGAACUAUGAAAGGAUGCUGAAUACUGGCAAUACUCAUCGCACCAUGUGCACACACACACACAAACCAUCCAUCAAGACUUCACUGAGGAGAGCCUGUACAAAUGCUCUGUUUCAUACCUGUGACAGUCUGACUGUUGUGAAAGAUGGAUGUCCCGAGCAGAUUUUUAUUUGAAAGGAAGAAGUGAAAUAGGGCUUUGUGCUGGGAUUUUCAUGCCUGCAGUUUGAGGAUUGUACGAAUGCAUUUGUUUUUUCUUUUUUGACGCGCAGGUGCACAUUUCUUGUGUUGAUUUCAGUAUUACGUCAGUUGGUUUGUUUCGUUAUGCAUCUCAGCGUAAUGUUAACUAAAUACAGGGGUUGUGCAGCCUGUUUAUUAAAAGAUAAUUCAUUGAGAAGUGAUGUGUAGGGAUGUCUUUACUCUGCAGAUCCAUGUUUAUGGCUUGUGUUUUUCAGCUGCCCAAGCAGAAUACAGUGAUUUUACCACAGUUAAAGGACCAGCUUAACUGUUGUAAAAUGACUUAAACAAAGCUUCUUAGUAUGGAAUAAAAUAUCAUUAAGCGUUUUUGCAAAACAAAGCUUAAGAGAAUGAGCAAAUGUACAUUUUUCUGCUUAUUAUAUCACUACAAUACUUACCAAAUAAAUAAAAAGACAUGAAAUGUUAACUACAUAGGUAGGUAGUUUAUCAUGUGAGACAUAAAAUUGGCACAGCUUGGAAAUCGCAGCAUAUGACACCAGUUUAGCACUAAAUAAAUGACUCCAAAAAAAACAUUAAUCAAUUAAAAUCAUGUAUAUCUGUGUCAUAAUAUUGGCAAAAGCAAUGCGAUAAGACACCAAUGUUCAGAUUUAUUAUUAUUGAAUUUAUCAAAAGAAUGGACUUUCACUGUUAUAAAAAUGCAUUAUCCUUACAUUAGGCUGUUUACAGUUGCCAAACAAUGCAGUCAUUCAGUGCAAUUAAUGUUGAAUGUCUGGUCAAAUAUCAGUAUAUUAAUGCAGCUCGUCCAAUCCGAAUUUAGAAUCUUGAAUGUUAAUUUAAAUGGGAAUUUUGCAGAUUCACUUUUUAUACUGAUAGUUCACAUAAACAGAUUGUCAUCAUCAAUGUUAUUCCAGCCCUGUAUUCUUUUCCUUAUUGGCUGUUAAACACACAUGAUGCCAGAGCUGUUAUAUGAUGAAAGUGAAUACAGGCAAACUAUAAACAAAUGAUGUUCACAUUUAAAAUUGGCACUUGUAGAUGCAUGAAGACAGGAUUGAUGUCAUUGAUCACUUCUGAUUUUAGUCUGCAAAUGAAAUUGAUGGUAAUGAGAUUACAGUGAAUUAUGGCUACACAGAUAGAUUGUAUUGGCUUCAGAUUAUAUAAGGGCUACUUUUGUGGAGCUGUUUUGUCAUCGCUGAUUUCUUUCAAAUGAUGCUCUGGUAUUAUACCUUACUUUUGUCAUUUAUGUAAAGAAAAUAAUACAGGUUUUGAAUGAUAUGAGGGUAAUGAAUUAUUGCAGUCACAGGUAUAACUGCUCACUUUUGUGAAAUCUAUUUCACAUUACUGCAGAAUAAGCUUUUGAUCAAUCUAUAUAUCUAUCUUCUGCUAACAUGUGCAGCAUCAAAUGUACAGUCACAUGUAGAUCCACACAAGAACGGCGGAUUGAGCUCAACUUCAUUUGUCAUUCUGAUUGUCAGUGGUUUUCAACGCCAAUUCUCUGUGCAUGUUUGUGUGUUUCCUGCACACACGAACAGCUUUGAACAAAUAAACUUUCUGCUAAGCAA